CCUGUCAGGAAGAGGACCCUUGCCCGUUUUUGUAUUGCCUCGCCUUCAACGUCGGGACGUUUUGGUGAGGCUUGCUGCGGCCCUUGUGCCGAUUUACACCCCGUCGUGAACUCGUCAUCGAGCGGAGCCGCUAGGUUGGUGUGCUGGUGCUGAAUCUUGGGAAAAGUGCUGCAGUAUACACCGCUUGCUUGAUAUGGCCUGUUGUUUAUUGACGGCGCAAUUUGCCUAUAUAUCGACUAUAGCUGGAGUUUCUGGCAUUGCUCCGGCCUGUGCACCGGCAAAAAACGCAGCGGCAAUCUGCAUUGGUCGAAGCUGCGAGCUGCGCCAUGAACUCAUCCAUCCAGUCGGCAGAGAGAGGCUGUGCGGGCCCCACCCCAAAACGAUAAUUGCACUGCCAGCACGGCGCACGAUUCUUGGUAUUAACUAUGGUUGGGCAUGUUUGCUGCGCUGGCAGCAGCUACAGUAUGAAUGCAACUUCGACAUUGGCCACUGCGGCAGCGGCCCGUGAUCUCGAUCUUGUUUCCCCAAAAGUGGCGGAGGCUAAAGCAAGAGAAACCACCAUUGGCAGCAUGACACGGAAGCCGACUCGAUCCAUAUGGCCGGGGCAUGUGCUCUUGUGAUGCCGAACGUUGGUGACUGAUAAACAAACUGCCUCUUGUCGCUAUCUGGUGGUGGUUUAUCAAGCCGAUUCUAGCCAGGCCAGUACAUGUAUCUUGUGUACAUGUACGGAUUGACAGCU